UGUCGGCCAUCCGUGUGUGCUGAGGAGAGCAGAGCUCCAAAGAAUGAGAGAUUGUUAUGUGGAGAUUAUGUAUCAUUCAUUGGGGUUGUGAUUCUUUUCUAUUGAUCAUUCGUUUAUGGAAGAACAACAUACAGAAAUAUUUCAAGACUUUCUAGCUUGGUCAGAUUCUCCUUGUUAUAUGGAAUAUUAUGAUAGCACUUCAUCUCAGUUAGGUUGGGAGUCUUCUUAUUUCAAUGACCUACAAUGGUUAUCUCAGUGGAAGCCUAAAGUAUCAAACCCUAGUCUUACUGAUGGAUAUGAAUAUUCUUAUGGAGCCAAUUCCAUAAGGCAAGUUUCACACCAAAACCUUUUCAUUUACUCUUCCUUAAGGAAAAAGGACUCUUCUCCAUCUUAUGAUGAUAUAAGACAAUCAUCUGACACUAUUCAUAGCCCUCGUUACAUAUCCAAAGAAACAUAUAAUCUAUCAAAUAGGGACUUGUGUUCCCAACUGAAUAACAAUUCUAUUCAAAACUUAUCUAUUCAUUCAUCUUCUACUCCGACUAUUACUCGUUCGGAUAUUUGUAAACUGGUUAAACAAAGACAUGGCUGUCAAUUAUUAUUACAUCAACUACAAUUGGGCUCCUCUUUGGCUUCUCAAGAAAUCAUGGAAACUUGUUGUCUUCAUUUUGGAAUAUGGAUGAAACAUCCUAUUGCGAAUUUUCUAUGUCAACAAGUAUGGAAAUGCUUAUCUGAGCAACAACGAAUGGAUAUUCUACAACGUCAUUGGGAUAUAUUACCUAAAGCAGCAUUACAUACUUAUAGUACUCGAGUGGUUCAAGUGAUGAUAUCUUCUUGUGGUGAAGAAGAAAAUGAGAAUAGAAAUGUUUGUAUAAGCUAUUUACAAUCGAUAUUGUCAAGUGUAGCCAAGUUUUUGUUUAAAGAUGUGAAUGGAGCUCAUGUCAUUCAACAUUGUUUUCUUUAUUGGUCAAGUGAAGAUAAUCAAUUUCUCUAUCAUACUAUACAAGAAAACUUUCUAGAAUUGGCUACUCAUCGACAAGGCUGUUGUAUGAUUCAAACAAGUAUGGAUUUUGCUUGUUCUUCUCAACUAGAUGAUAUAGCAACCAACAUUAUUCAGCAUAUCUUUGUAUUAAUACACGAUGCAUUUGGUAACUAUGUAGUACAACAUAUAUUGGAUAGCAAAAAUCCCCGAUAUAUUCACGACAUUAUGAAGAAACUUCAAGGUCAUUGGUAUGAAAUGUCUAUGGAAAAGUUUUCUUCCAACAUUACUGAAAAAUGUUUACAACUUGCUGAAGCUACUCAACGUUGGGAAAUGAUAGAGGAGCUUGCCCAAGAAUGUUCCAACAUAGGUAAUCUAUUACAUGAUGCUUAUGGAAAUUAUGUCAUUCAAAGAAUGUUACAAGUUGCUUCUCAACCUCAAAAGAUACAACUGAAAGAAUGCAUUGAAAAGUAUUGGAAUACUCUCAGUCGUUCUCGAUAUGGAAAACAAAUCCAAUACAAUUUGGAAAAGUUGAUGAAUUGUAUCAACUAUUAGAUGCUUUGAAAUAGGAAAGAAUAUCUCCUUUAACCAACUUGGGUUUGUUAUAUUGUUGUUGGGUCGAUGGGUCUUCGUUAUCCACUGAGUCUUUCAGCCAUUUUUGUAAAAAGGCUCUUUUGACUUGUGUUUCUGCCAAUAAAUGAUGAAAGGGAUGUUUUGAUCUUUUC